AUAAGCCAGGAAGAGAUUCUACAAGUUUUUGAGAAGAACAUCAUUACAUUAUUAAGUCAAAUAAGCUCAGUGACAAAACAAUGCAGUCGUUUAUCACAGAGGCAGAGGCUAGUAAAAUUGAAAAUGAGUUGAAUAAAAUGAAGACAGAUGUUGCUGAAUUAAAGAAACUACAGCAACAUAUGUUUAGUACGCCAUUUCCUGAUAAAAACAGUGUGGCGAAGUACCAGUCUCUUGGAGAGCAAGUUCGCUUUGAUGCAACAAAAAUUGGUGGAUCUUUAAAAGAGCUGGAGAAAAAAUAUGAAGGGCGUGACCUUCCUGAAGAGAGUGCUUUUAAACUAUUGAGAACUCAACAGCUUAACACUCUCAUUGCUGAACUUAACAUUUUAACAAAUGAAUUCUUUAAAAUUCAAGCUGAUUAUAUGGAUAAAAUGAAAAAGCGAUUAAGAACUCAGAUGAAAGCCCGUGGGGAUUCAAUUGAUGAUUCAAAAAUAAAUUCUCUUCUCGAUCAAGAUUCAUAUUCUGUAUUUACUGACAAUUAUAUAUCUGAUGUACAUGAUGCAGGACAAACCCUUAGGGAUCUUGAUGAAAGGAAGAAAGACAUUCUAGCUCUAGAAAAAAGUGUUGCAGAUGUGAACCUCUUAUUUAAAGACAUGAACUUACUAGUUUCAACACAAGGCGAGACUGUAGAUACCACUGAAAGUGCUAUAGAUAAUACAGCCAUGCAUGUGGCACUUGGCAAAGUUGGCGGUAAAGGAUGUUCUGGUUGUAGGGCGCAUAGGGUGCAUAGAAUAAAAAUUUGUGUUACGUUUAUUGGCAUUAUAGUGAUUAUUCUGGCUGUUAUUAUUACAGUAUCUGUUGUAGUAUCGAGUUAGAAUAACACAUUGUGUGCUUUUUACUGCUAAUUUUGUUUAAUUUUUUCUUAUUCAUGUAUUAAGUCACCAAGUCUGUUUAAAUGAUUUAAAACAUUUGAAAUAUCUAAAAGAUGAUUUUUGGUUUAUAGGCUACAAUAAAAUUAAGCGAGACUAUAUAUUUAGUUUCUUCUUCAAAACUUUCAGUUUAACAUUUAUAAGAUUUUAACUGUGUAUUAUUGGGUAAACGUAAAGAAUAUUAUAAUGGGUAAAUGCCAUUGUCUUGGCAUACAUCCAUCCAUCCCUGUGUGUGGCGCUACAGUCCAUGUAGGGCUUUGGCCUGCCUCACCACUUCCUUCCACUCAGACCUAACUAAUGCCUUUCUUUUCCAUGCUUGGACUUUCAGCUCCUGUAGAUCUUUUUCCACAUCAUCUAUCCACCUAAGCCUCGGUCUGCCUUUGAGCCUUUUCCCUCUGGGGUAUUGGUGAUGCACCCUCUUCAUUCCUCUGUCAUUUGGCAUUCUCUCUAGGUGUCUUGCCCAGCGUCGCCUGCCUCUUUUUAUUUCUGCUACUAUCGUGGGAUCCUGAUAUAGACUGUAUAAUUCAUGGUUGGUUCGUAUUCUCCAUCCAUAAUCAUCCUUUGUUGGUCCAUAUAUUUUGGGCUAUGGGAUACCAGUAACUUAAUAAAUGUUACAUUAUAUUUAAAUAAAAAAUUGGCAGCUGGCUUCACGUCAGAUGUGUUUUAAAUUAAUAUUUAUGGAUAUUGAAUUUCGUUGUUGUUACUAUGAUGCA